AAGCAGACGAAGUAGUACCACAAAAUGAGCAGCGCUAAAGUGCUACAAAUAAACACUCGAGCGUCCUCUUAAACUAUCGAAGUUGAAAUCGGUGACCGACAUUUUCUACUUCCGUCGAAGCUGAAAAUGAAUGAAAUUGUGAUGGAAUCCGAACCUCAGUUUGGAGCAGCCGAAGCUUGGGAAAGUGUCACUGCAGUUCUGAUGUCUCCUGGCUGCCAGGCGGUGGAGCAGAACCUCUCGGACUCUGUGGUUUUGUUGUGUGAUCAGGGUUUGGGCCCGCUGCUAGUCAGCUGGUUGCUGGAGACGCUGCAGAUGCGUCUGUCUUGUUCUGUGGUUCCGGAAUUCUGGUCUGGACUCAGUCAGGUGGAGAACGAGCUGGAGGAGAGAGGUCGGGCCUGGGUUCUCCUAACUGCAUUCCGGACUCUACUUGAACGCCUCCAACCGUUUUUGGUUGGCUUGGAGAGGCUCAGAACCUGGCAGGACAAGGGCCUAAAUGGACUGGGUGCACUGGGACCACGGGCCCUCCAGGAGAGGGCCUACACCAUCAUCAGAGGUCUCCUCCUCUUCCCCCCAUCACAGGUUCUCCAAGAUCGAGUGCUGGAGUUCUACAGCAGGACCUUCUCUGUGUAUAUCAAGCAAGAGGGGGAGGGGCAGGCCGGGGCCGAGGGUUCUGAAGCUCCAGAGGGGGGGCAGUGCCCGGGCUGUGCUGUCCCGAUGGACGAGUGCUGGUGUGAGGAGGCCCUCAAUCAUCUGCAGGAGCUCAGUGACAUUCUGUCCAAAAUGGAGCUGCUGGAGUGGGUCAGUUCAGAUGCCAUCACCUCCAUCCUGCACAGACUCAUCGAGCAGUGGAUGGAGCAGCACUGCAGGGGCGAGUACGAGCGCUCCUUCCUGCUCGACUUUCAGGAGUGGCUGGAGCUGGUGGUGGGCUGGCUGGGUCGAGUGUUCGCCAGCCAAGAGAUCCGUGAGGGGCCCGGCGCCCAGAGCGCUCCAUCUUCGAGCUUGGUGCUGAAGCAGUGGAGAUGCCACAUGCAUCAGUUCUUCUGCAGGAUCUACGUCAACAUGAGGAUCGAAGAGCUCUUCAGCAUCAUCCGAGAUUUCCCAGAAUCCAAAGCUGCCAUUGAAGAUCUCAAGUUCUGUUUAGAAAGAACCAACCAACGCCAGCAGCUCCUCACCUCCCUCAAAUCCACCUUUGAGAGCCGUCUGCUGCACCCUGGCGUUCACACGUCUGACAUCAUCACUGUUUACAUCUCUGCUAUCAAGACACUUCGCGAGCUCGACCCGUCGAUGGUCAUCCUGCAGGUGGCCUGCCAGCCCAUCCGAAAAUACCUCAGGACGCGUGAGGACACAGUGCGGCAGAUUGUGGACGGUCUGACAGGAGACCCCGUGACAGGCUGCACUGAUCUGGCCUUCGAGUUAUCCAGAGGCGACCCGGUCACGCUGGAGAUGCAGGACAGCGACGAGGAAGGUGGCGAGCCGGAGGGCUGGACCCCAGACCCCACUGACGCCGUGGCCGACAAGACGGGCUCCAAGCGGCGCUCGUCCGACAUUAUCAGCCUGCUGGUCAGCAUCUAUGGCAGCAAAGACAUCUUCAUCAACGAAUACAGAACCGUGCUGGCCGACAGGCUGCUGCAGCAGCUCAACUACAACACCGCCAGGGAGAUUCGGAACGUGGAGCUGCUGAAGCUUCGCUUUGGAGAGUCGCACAUGCAUUACUGCGAGGUCAUGCUUAAGGACAUGGCCGACUCUCGGCGCAUCAACAGCAACAUCAGUGAGGAGGACAUGAGGUUAGGGGAGGAGCCUGCGUCCUCGUGGCUGUCGGCCAUCAUCAUGUCAUCUGAGUUCUGGCCGCAGUUGAAGGAGGAGAAACUGGAGCUGCCGCCUCUCAUCUGCCACGCCAUGGAGUCGUUCACGCGGCGCUACGAGAAACUGAAGGCCAUGAGGACCCUGAGCUGGAAGCCUCACCUGGGCUCCGUCACUCUGGAUGUGGAGCUGGAGGACCGCACGCUGAGCAACCUAACUGUCUCGCCAGUCCACGCCGCCAUCAUCCUGCACUUUCAGGACAAGAGUUCAUGGACACUGGAGGAGCUGAGUGUGAAGAUGGGCGUUCCCAAAGAGGUGGUCCACAGGAAGUUGGUGCUGUGGCAGCAGCAUGGCGUGCUUCGGGGGGAGGGCGGUGGUCGUUACAGUGUGCUGGAGACGGGAUCUUCCACGGAGAAGAUGGAGAGGGGAGUCAUGCUGAUUGACAGUGACGAGGAGAGAGACUCCAACACCACCACACAGUCAGAGCAGCGGGAGGAGAAGCUGCAGCUCUUCUGGGCCUACAUCCAAGCCAUGCUGACCAACUUGGAUAACAUGACGCUAGAACGCAUCCACUCCAUGUUGAGGAUGUUCGUCGCCACGGGGCCCGUUGUCACGGAGAUGGACGUCAACGAGCUGGAGGCGUUCUUGGAGAGGAAGGUCAGGGACCAUCAGCUGAUGUUCUCCACAGGAGUCUACAGGCUUCCCAAGACCACUUGAUGCUGCAUUCAGGCGCUUCCUACUGGAGUGUUGCUAGCAUGUGGCUCAUGAUGUGAUGUGUGUUGAAAAACUGUUAGGCGUGUUAGAGGUAAGACUUUAUUGUACAUUAAAAACAUCAACGCUACUGAUCACAUGUUAGCACGUGUUAGUUCCUAGUAACUUCCCUUUCAGUGACGUUUGAUUGUGGCACGGAAAAGUGCAAAUUAACAACGUGGCGCUGUUUGUGUUCUACUUCCUGGUCCUCUCGCCUGACGAGUCCUUUUCAAGUGUAAGAAGAACACAAGCAGGGCAGGAUGAAGGUUACUUCCUGUCCUCUCAGCAGCAUUUCUUGCCUCGCUUCCUGCGGUCUCGCUCUCUCUGCGCGUUGAUGUUGACCGUGUCCUUCUCACGCUCACGAUCCCUCUCGGCUCGGUUCUGGCUAUGCUUCUUGGCCCGCAGCACCAUGUGGGUGAAGGCCAUGAACAUCUGGACGGAACCACGCGUGGUUACAAUAGCAGCUGACAGUACGCGUGCAAACAGGCAGCCAAUCACCUCUUCUACGUUGAUGUUCUCUUUGGCGCUGGUCUCGAACACACGCACCCCCACAGACUCCCCAAAAUGCAGUGCAUCCUGGGUAUCCACCUGCUUUCUGGACGGGUCAUCGUUUUUGUUUCCCACUGAGUGAAAAAAAAACAAACAUUCAUUUUGUUUCUUCUGCAUAUCAUCAUCACCAUCAGACGGACCAACUGACCCAGAAUCUUGCAGACGUUGUCGCAGUUCUGAGAGAUCUCAUUGAGCCACCGCUUGACGUUGACAAAGGACUCGGGGUUGGUGACAUCGUACACAAUGAUGACACCGUGCGUAUUUCUGUAGUACCUACAUACACACACAACACAAAUCUCUUCAGGUCCUGCAGUCACCAGUGUGGUGCUUGUCUUCUGAACUAAACGCUCAUUACGUUGAUGUGAUGGUUCGAAAUCUUUCCUGCCCCGCCGUGUCCCAGAUCUGCAGCUUGACACGCUCGCCGUCAAUGUCCACCGUUCUGAUCUUGAAGUCCACGCCGAUGGUGGUGAUGUAGCUUCCUGUUGGACCACCGGGAGGCGCCACUCAGAGGUCAGAAGAAACUUAAAACUUCCCCAAUGCUUCCUUCACCCUUUGCUACUUAACAAAACCUUGUGCUCCCCCAGUGGAGAAUAUUGGUGUGACAAUCACAAGGUUGGCUCAGAGCCACUAGGGGGCUUCCUUGCUAUGAUAUGCUGUGAUGCACUGACCAUGCCUUUCUUUGAUGACAUACCAAUGACCAUUUGAAUACUAUGAAUAUUAUAAUGCAGAGGCCAACUGACCAGAGAAGGAAUUGUCAGCAAAGCGGAGCAGGAGGCUGCUUUUCCCGACAUCUGAGAGGAAUGGCGGCGGACAUAAGACAAAAAUAGUGAUGAGACACCAAAUGUGAAGUUAGACAAGACAAAGUGCAGUCACGCUUACUGGAGUCGCCAAUGAUGAGCAACUUAAAGAGAUGAUUAUAGUCCUUUCUCGCCAUUAUGACGACAAAGAAGACGAAGGCGUGUCAUAGAAGGCGGCGGCAGGCGGGGUCCAGUCUUUUUUUUUAGGUUUAAGACCAAGAAGCAGGAGUAGACAUUGUCCCUCAGAUCCAGAGUGGAAAUAGAGGACGUCUGGGCUGCUCUCUGCUCCGCUGGCUCAUGCUCACACCAAUCACAGCUCUGCAUGCAAACCUGAAGAUCAGCAACGCUUCUUGAUGACAGCACCUCAAGUUCCUCUUUCCACGCCACAGUUUCACUUUCACUUGACUGGAGGCUGAAUGGUCGCUGCUUCCAUUAGAAGAGGUGGCCUAAAUGAAGACAAAAAAGGAGACUUCUGGGUUUAAGCUGCUCCUCCCUGCUGAGUCAUGGACUACAACUUCCUGCUACAGCUGCCGGCAGCUAGCAUGUUAGCUAGCACGUUAGCCUCCCUCAAUACAUGGAAGCCCUGGAACUUACGCAAGGAUUUACUUCUAUGACCACAUGAAACCAUCCUCUUAUUUCUAGUCAGCACAGGACGCUAGCGUUGAGCUGAGGGACUUUUUGACACUUUUCUAAAUGAAUGAAAUUCAUGCCUUUUUUGUUCAACUUCCAGACAUUAGCUUUAAAUUAAUGACUACAUUCAGAAAUUGUUCAAGUUGAAUAAAGUCAAUUGCGUCUGAUAUUAAAUUAGGGCCAGGAUAUCACGAACUUACAGAUAUAAGAACUUAAACGUCGCACUAAAAAACCGGAACUACAUGUUGUAAACGGAAAUCAUAAUUUUCCGCAUUCCCAAUGGGAAAAAGCUGUAAAUGACUUCAUUUAACGUUGACUUUUGUAGCAAAUGAUUUUAUACACACAGUAACCUCCGUGUAAAUGCUAACAAUGGCUAGUAUUGCUAAGGAACGUAUUAAAAAAAAAAGUCUAUGCUCGACUAGUUGAUAUUCAAUGAAUACUACAAAUCCAAACACAUUACAGAUAUCUCAAAGCAUGCAUCAGAUAAUGGCGUGCUCACCCCGUCCGCAAGCCAUGUACAAAAUGUCAUUUUGUUAUUAAAUGUAUUUAAGAACUACAUGUCUUCCAACGAGACACCUGGAAGUUCCUGUUUUUAAAAGGCAUCGGAAUACACUAUCACCAACCAUCGGUCAGGUCUAUUUCAGUAGUUCGCUUUGAUCACUUUCAAAUGAGGUGUGUUGAUCCCCGUUAAAUUAACUGCUUUGAAACUUGAACGAAAUUAGGCGAGCUCGGCAGCGCUGCAGUGACGUCACGACACAAACACCUUCCGGCUUUGAGCCAAACUUCACUUUUAGCUUCUAGACUUUGCGAAAUUCAAGCGAACAUUUAAAAGAAUCACUCGGGUGCUGCUCGUUUGGAAUCCACUGACGUCUUUAGAGAGUAUCUUCAAUUCGGCACACACAUUUUGUACUUGGAACAUUCAUUUUUUAGACUUUACGUUCCCGCUUGUCACGCAAUGUUGGUCGACCACGAGCGGAAAAAGCACUGAAAAAGUGGACGUAGUUCUUGUUAUAUCCAACGCACUCAUGAGGAGGAACAUACAACGCUGCCAAACGACAUAACAUGAAAACGUGUAGUCCGGUUGCCCACAGGCCAGAACUGGACUUGACGCGGUCUCGCUGCCAACAAAAGUUGACAUAAACUUGUCCAAAUGUGUAAGCUUACUGUGGCUGCGUGCUAACGACGCAACAGUGCCGCCAAGGCCUUGUUCUGCUCGGGAGAGUCCAGUGGAGCUCAGCAGCGGUCCAAACGUCUGGUACUGGUACCGACCACACCUGAUGACCCGCUAUCAUAGGAUGCUGCCUUCACGGCGCGUGGGAAAAAGCAGCGUCAGCCACAUGUAAUAAUUCCGUGGCAAAAAUCUAUUGUAUGUACGUAUUUGUACACAUGACGUCUAUCAUCACAACUGCUUCGGUAAGAUUCUUAAUGCUACACUUCAACAAAACAAGUACAAGUUAGACAGAAUAACUCCAAAUAACUUUAGAACGCUCCAAGAAGUGAAGGAUCAUACUUUGUUAUUUUUUGAGGAAAUGAAAGUGAGACAUCCUGGUUUGUUCCAACAGCGAUUGACUCAUAUUUCAGGCAUUAAACGCCACAAUCUAUAGUUUCCACCCUAGACUGAAAAGUGACGAAGUAAACAUUAAAUCCUCAUUUCAGCUGGAGAUGAUCAUUCAUGAUGGAAGAAAGAAAUAUGCAACAUACACACGCUCCUAACACUUUAGAAGAAGAAGAUAGAAUGAUUGCAGUGUAAUUCAACAAAGAUGGAUCAGUCGCACAGCGCCAGCAGAGUGGGUUACAGAGACCCACGCUGACCACGAAGACACUGGAGAGGGACAGGAGGGGCCACGUGGUGGCCCGGGCCUGGUGCCGCUGUCAGUAGGUGCCAUGAGGCCCCCAACCUCCUGCUUUAAAGAAUUCCUUGAAGCUGCUCAGUUUGUUAAAGACCUCCAUUUGGGCCGCUCACUCCAGGCCCGCGUUUCGUGGGCCCACAGCACCGCAGCCUGGUACCAGGAGCCGUCCAGCUUACACAUCAAGGUACAGUGAUGGACGCUCACUGGAUGGGGCGGGGCUAACUGGAGUGGUUGCAAUUAGUGAUGGACUCGUUCAAAACUCGCACAUCUCUAGUUGCAAUCCCCCAUUAAAAAGAGAAGAAGGUAAACAUCCAUCCAAAAUUUUCUAUGCCGCUUCUCCUAAUUAUGGUCGCAAGGGUAUGCAGGAGCCUAUAAGAAGGUAAACUUUGCGGAUGUUGCCGCACUCAGGAAGUAAGUACACAGUGUUGGCAGCGUACAUAUUGAAGUACACUGAUGGGAGUGUUUCACUGAGACCCAGCCAUAGAUUGGUAUCCAGGUGGUGACGUCACCAUUACGUUUGAAUGGCGCUGACUCAGCCAACAGUGU